AUGGCGUCGAUGACCACCUUGUCCCUGUCGGAGCGCAUUCUGUACCACGUGAACGCCCCGGAGCUUCACCGAAGCUCGAACGUCGUCCUGCAAGAGGAAUUCUCCGCUCUGGACGUAUCCGUGAGCGAUAUCGUUGCUAUUUUCGCGAAAGUGGAGGAAGUGCGAGAUGCUAUUAACCAACUGGAACAGAGCAAAGCGUCGACCGGACACAGCGAUACGCUUUUGAAAGUGCUGGGCAGCACGCUGCAAUUGCAGCAGGAACUGAACAACAAGUUGAAGGAACUGAUGAGUGAAAUGAAGGUGAAAGUGACGAAAGAUGAGAAUAACCCGAAGAAGAGGAAGCCGGACGAGAAGAAGCACGAGAAAGUACAUCUUUAA